GAAUUUUUCAAAUCGGUUCAGUAGUUUCGGAGCGAAUAGGCUUUGAAUACAAUGCAAGCAAACAAUCAAAUCUUACAAUAUUAGUAUAUAUAUCUUUUAACAUAUGUUUAAAACGUAUUUUUUUUUUUUGUAAAAUAAUUUUAAUGUCAAAUUAAAAACGCUAUCUGUGUAUGUAAAAACCCAGUAACAAAUAUGUGUAUGAACAUAUGUCAUGAAUGAGAUCGAACCCGCAACAUUAAGAGAAGCCAUAGCUGUGUCAAGACCUAACUUAUAUAAAUAUAAAAUGAACUCGUCGAAAUGUAUGUACGCGCAUAACAUCCGAACGGCUUCACCAGAUUGGAUAAUUCUUUAUUUUUUGUGUUUGUUAUUAUUGGGGCAAGAUAUGUAUGAAAGAAAAUAAAAAUAAUAAUGUAUUUAAGAAAAAAAUAGUGGUUCCUAGGUCGCAGGAUUAUUCCUGAUAACCCAGUUUUAUACGCAAUAAUAUUAAAAUAAACACGUGAUUUAUCAUUCGUUCCGCUCACUCAUUAGUUACGUUCAAAGCGCAAUAGAAAACAAACUACAUUAUCAUCGAAUCAGUCACACUAAACGAUAUACAAUAAACGGUGAAAAAACAUCGCAAACUUAAAAAUGUAACGUUAAUAAAUCAAGUUAAAUCGAUUUUCAGUAUUAUUUGUAAACUCCGCGCCGCUAGUAGUUUUCUGAACGUUUGUUAUAUCGAAACUUUGACAGCGCGCCAUGUUCAACUUCUUCAAAAGAAAAAGCGUGAAAGCCGAACCGUCGCCCGAGAGCUCGCGGAGACGCCCGAGCGCCGACCGCCCGCCCUCAGUCGAGCCUCGGACGCCGCGAAACGAUAAUGAUGUAACCAACGAAAAAACAAGCAAGGAUGUUAUCAAUCUCCUGUUACCGGAAACCGACUACAAACCUGACCAGAAAAGUGGUGUCAGCGCGAUAUUAAAUAUAAUGGGUAAACGUAAAAGGAACAAAAGAAAACUUGAUACGAAAAUCGAGAGCGAUGUCUGCGCGACGCCUACGCCGGCCGAAAAUAAUCGAAACGCGCCUCCGCCGUCAGACGAUCCGGCCGAGUUUGUGAGAGCUCUAGUGCUCGAGAAAUACGCAAAACCCGAGCCCAAACAACAACACGUGUCGCUUGUGUACGUAAAUGAGCCCGAUUUGGAAGAGAAGCGGCAGGCGGAGGCGUUACUCCGCGAGAUCGCUAAGAGCAUCGACUGCACUAUCGACAAACUAAAUGAGAGACAAAUGGGAACUGCGGAUAGUCAGCCGUUGAAAAAUACGACCGUUUGCGCUGAUAAUAAAACGAUUGACUCGUAUAAAAACGAGGUUAAAGGCGAGCUGGAUAAAUUGACAAAGGAUAGGGAAGAGAACAGAGCAGUCAAGGAGAGUUCAGAAUCGCCGGCGACUAGGAAAUCAAAUUUAAAACCUCCGAGGUCAGACAACGAAGGCUGUUCAGAUGACGACCGUUCAGAUAACGGAAAAAAACGAGUCACAUUCAGAAAGCACAUAAUUUUCGACGACGGCGAACAGCAAACUGACGAAGAAGUGGAUUCCUCAUUCGAAUCCCUUACUUCAGAAGAAGCAGAUUACCUAGAAGACUUACCCGACAACGACGAACUUUUAGGAGGUUAUAUUGUCACUAAUAAUGAUAAUAAAACAGUUAUAAACGUAACCGAACCAAUAAUAAAAGUAGAGUGCGUUGAUGACUUGAGACGUAUCACAAAUGAUAAUAGUGAUAGUGGUUUUAUAGAGAGUGAUAAGAACGAAUCGGGUGAUGAAACUAGUGAUGUUAAGAGUAUCGUCGAGAGUGAGAGUGAGGAGGAGAUCAUCGAGGAGAUCACGGAGGAGAUAGAAGAAAGCGAGGCUGAGAUUGUGGAACAGGACGUUGAAUCGAAAGACCUCGUGAACCAGGAGAGUCGGUUCCAGUCCCAAGUGGCCGCGCUCACGGAGCUGGCCGAUACCAGGUGCGAUGAGGCAGAACGCGCCAGGGAACUCAUCGUCUCUUACAGAAAAGAUAUUGAAGCGAAGGACCAGGAGAUCGAACAGUUAAAAUGCGACUUGGCAGCUGCUUACAAGGAAUCCGAGCUGGUCAGACAGAGGAGUCGAUCGCUGGAGGAAGAACUGUCAGCAGCGAGACGGUGCUCCGCAGACUUGGCAGAUCAACUACAGAGACGUAUAGAGGAAGCAAUAAGGCAGUUACGAUCAGAAUUAGAAGAUGCUCUCCGACACCGCGCUCAGCUGGAGGCCAAGGCCCAAGAGCUGCAGAAAGACAAGGAGAGGCUGGAAGAGGAAAAGCUCCAGCAGGAGAAGAAGGCGAAAGAGGCGUUAGAAGCAGCCGAAGAAAACACAGCGAAAUGGCGCGCGGCGCACGAGUCAGCAAGAUCACAGGCCGCCGCAAGAGCAGAGAGGAUACUGGCGGACUGCGAGUGGAAGAUGAGGGAGUUGGAGAAGAGAGCGAGAGACGCUGACAAGGAGAAGAAAGAGCUAUCAGAAUCCCUAGAACAGUUGAAGGCAUCACCGCCCACACCGUCCCAUGUGGCAGAACUCCAACAGCUACGAGGCCUGGUAUCCGAACAGCAGAGGUCGGUGCAAUCUCUGACGCUGCAGCUGCAGAAGAUAGAGACGAGGGAAGAGGCUCUUAAGUUGGAAGUUCACAGGCUGAAGGACUUGUUGGAGAAAGAAGCGGGAGUCAGGAGGGAGAGAGAGGAACAGCACUUGCAGAACAUAGAACAUCUGGAGCGUCAGCACUCCGAGAAGAUAUCGGCGCUGAAGGCGGAGCACGCGGAGGCGCUGCAGAGCGCUGCGGCGGCGCGGGCGGCGCUCGAGCGGGCGCACGCCGAGCGGACGCGCGCCGCGCUGGCGCAGCUGCGGGCGGAGGCCGAGCGGGGCGCCAGGAGCGCGGACCGCAAGAUGAGGGAGCUGGCCGCCAGGUUCGAAAAUCUAAAGGAAGUGCUGGCAACAAAGGAAUCUCAAUUCGAAAGUGCUAUCGCCGAAGCCCACAGUAAGGCUGACUGGGACAUCUUGCAACUGAGACAUUUACUAGACAAGGCUGACAUCAACUAUGCGAACAACAUCGAAGCCAUGAAUGCGAGAUUCGAGAAGGAGAAAGAGCAAAUAAUAAUGGAAUGGUCAGAAAAACUCCAAGAAGUGGAACAGAAGGCGACCACCGACGCGGAGGAGGCGCGGAAACUUCUAGAAACGACCAGAAUGACGCUCAUCGCGGAGAAGAACGACCAGAUCAACAAGCUGAAGGAGAAGCAUCGACAGGAGAUGGAUGACCAGUGGGAACGGUUCAUGUCGGACAAGGAGAGCUGUCUCCAGCGAAUGAAGCUAGAGUGCCGGCAGGAGGGAGAGGAGGAGAGGGAGAAGAGGGAGAGGGACCUCUUGGAGGAGAUUGCGGAUUUGAAAUCACAAAUUAAUACAAAAGUCUCGGACUAUGACGACUUGUCUACACAAGCCGCGGCCUGCGGAAGAACAUUAGCUGUCACUGAACAGGAGCUAAGAGAAGCGCUAGAGCGAGAGAAAGAUCUUCGCGAGAAAAGGACAGAAGAUGCGGCAAAAGCGAAGCAGGCGUCAAAAGCUGCGCAGGAGCAGAUCGAGCAUUUGACAAGAAAGUGCGCGUGUCUGAGGAAACUUUUCGACGACAUGCGCGCCCGCCUGUCUGCUCGCGAGCGCGCGGCCGAGCAGGAGGCGCGCGCUCGCGAGCGGGAGCUCCAACAGCUACGGGCGGAGGUGGCGCGUCUCACCGGGCUACUGCUGGGGCACAGUUCACCGAAACUUGGAGCUAGGACGCGGGCGGAUGGGUGCGAGAACUCAAUAAAGGAUGAAUCUUUUUUAUCCAAGAGCGCGCCUCAAGUGUCUGAGUCGCAGCCGAGCGCGCCGAGACGGAAAGGCGGAACUCUUCGUACACCGGAACUAGCUAGGAAACGUCCAACAUUACCAGAACUACAACCGCUUCCACCGGAAGCACGCCGUACAAACAUGGAUAUGGAAAAUGGCCGACGACGCGCCAAAAGCGUCGACCUUCCCGCGGUUCAAGUUCCCGUCAGAAUAAAACAACUCGAAGAGAAAACUAAAGAUUGAAAUAAUAAAAAUAAAAUCAUAAUUAAUGUUAUCGUUUAAAAUAGUACGUUUUAUUUGUGUCAACUGGCUUAUAUUUUAUUACGAAAAAUAAGAUUAAAACAGAUUAUUAAAAAAAUUAAAACCCCCUCGAUUUUGAUUUCGAAUAGUUGUAAUUAAAAAAGCAAGAUAAAUAAAAUGCUAUAUAAACUUUUUACUUUCAUACGUGUAUACUUUUUAAAUAAAAUUGUUACUUUAUA